ACGCCUACCGAUUCGACAACUGUCGGUAUGCGGGAACGGAAUAGUACCCAGGCCCGCAACCAGGGAGAGAAAGAGAGAGAGAGAGAUACACGUGUUGAUUGGAAAGAGCCGUUGAGAUAGGCCUGAACCACGUGAAAGAGAGUACACGUGUUGAUUUCAGUACUUUAGCAGCAUAUAUUGAAAAUAUAAGUUUACUUUUGUAUUAAAUAAAAUAAAAUAAUAAAAGUCAGUAAAGUUAAAAUGAAAAAUUCUAAUUUAAAGUUGAACAAGAGAAAACAUGAUAAACACAGUUUUGAUUGUGAUAUUAAUAAUGAAGAUGACUCAAACAAUUCUGAGUGUGCUAAUGAAGACCUAAAUUCUGAGUCUGCUAAUGAAGACCUAAAUUCUGAAUCUGACAAUCAUGAAAUUGAGUUACUUGCAUUAAAACAAAACCAAAAGAGAAAGAAAGUUACGGAUGAGAUAACUGAAGUGGCUCCUAAAAAGAAGAAAAAAUUUGAAAAUAGUCUUUAUAAGCAACCAACAGUUGAGGAACUCAAUCAGCUUAGAGAGACAGAGAAUUUAUUUCAUUCAAAUCUAUUCCGACUUCAAAUUGAAGAAAUUCUUAGUGAAGUAAAACUUAAAGAUAAAUAUAAAGUAUUAUUUAAUACUUGGUUUGAAAAAUUAAAAGGAGCAAUUGAAUCGAUUGAUGAAACUGAAGAAAUAUCGAUUAUGAGUAACAAUUUGGAAGAUGAAUUAGGCGUUUGUAUCCCUGUACCAAGAGUACCGGAAGAAACUAAGGGCGUUUUCAAAUUUUUGAAGCCAUCUAACAUUAGUGUUGUUGGAUCUUAUAUCUCAGGAUGUAUACUCGGUCCUACUGUCACUGUAGACAUAAUGGUUGAAAUGCCAGCUGCUUUAUUUCGAAAACAGGAUUACCAAAACUACAUAUAUUUUAAAAAGAAAGCAAUAUAUCUGGCGUUUGUAACAUCGAAUAUAGGAACUGAUAUCGCGGAAAGUAAGAAGUUUAUCGGCGACAAUUUAAGACCUUGCUUGAAGCUUCGGCCUAAUGGACAGUUGAAUAAAAAGAUUGAUAUAAUAAUACACAUAUCUGCGCAGGAAACAAGUUUUAAGUUGAAUAAGUUUUUGCCAGAGAAAAGUAAUGUUAGAUUAAAAUGGUAUUUUAAUGAGUCUUUGGAUGACGCAACCCCACUACCAACUCCACACUAUAAUUCUUUAAUACUACGCGACCUGGUAAUGAGGAGUACAAAUUCCGAAGUUGCGCAAAUAAUAAAGGAAUAUCCGAAUUUGAGAGAUGGUAUAAUUUUGUUAAAAAUAUGGUUGACCCAACGUGAAUUGAACAAAGACUACGAUGGCUUUACUGAUCAUAUCAUGACCAUGUUUGUGAUUUAUUUGUUAAAUGUGAAAAAACUUAACACAUUUAUGAGUAGUUAUCAAAUAAUACGGAAUGUUUGGAUCUCUUUAGCCCAGGGAAAUUGGUGGGAACACGGAAUCACUAUAUGCAAGGACAAAGAAAACCAGAAACAACUUUCCCAUUAUCACAACUACUACGAUUGUGUGUUUCUUGAUAUCACUGGAUAUCACAAUUUUGCAGCAAAUUUAUCUAAAUGCACUUUCUCGUGGGUGCAAAGGGAGGCAGAACUUUCCCUGAAACAUUUGGAUAAUGUACACGUGAACAGCUUCCAAGUUCUUUUUAUGCGAAGUGUACCAUUCUACAAAGCGUUUGAUCAAAUUUUAUGUUUUCAGGAUAGUACAAUUUUAGAAAAAAUAGUCAAUAAUAAAUCCAGCAUUAAUGAUAAGAUCAAUUAUGGACCAGACAAACGCAGUCAAAUAAUCAAGUUGCUCGUUGACGUUUUUCAAAAAGGUCUAGGACAUAGAAUUAAUCAAUUGUGCAUAUUGCCGCAUAAAUCUAAAGAAUGGGAAUGCACUGAAGAAACACCAAACUGUGCUGGAAAACUCAUAAUUGGAUUCGAAUUGAACCCUGAAACUGCCUUUAACAUUGUAGAUAAAGGACCUGAAGCCAAUUUACCUGAAGCAGUUGAUUUCAAAAAAUUCUGGGGAAUUAAAUCAGAAUUGCGAAGAUUUCAAGACGGAACAAUUCGUGAGGCCGUAGUUUGGUCGAAGGGUAAAACUCUCUCCGACAAGAGAGUAAUAUGCAAAAAGAUAAUAAUAUUUUUGUUAAAGACAAAGUUAAAUAUUUUCAAACGUCAGUAUUUGUUCCUCGCGGAUCAACUAGAAGAUUUUCUAAAGUUACAUAAGUACAAAAUAACGCACUUUACAUACGGCACUGGCGAGGAAGCUACGUUAAAAGUUUUGAAAGCUUUUAACAACUUGGAACAAAAUUUAAUGUCUCUAAGUGAUAUGCCACUGACAAUAAACGGCGUGCAAGGAUUGAGUCCAGUUUUCCGAUACACAGAGGUUUUCCCACCGCUUGCUACCAUUCAUCGGAGUAUAAAUAGUGUCACCAAGGAAAGCAAAAAUUGCUUCGUAUUUGAGAAAAACAUAAAAAAGUGUCCGGAGUAUGUUCACGCGAUCGAAGCGAUAUUACAAUUGUCGACUAGUGGAAAAUGGCCUGAUGAGUUGGAAGCCAUUAGAAAAAUGAAGACAGCCUUUCAUAUACAAAUCGCUGAAUGUCUCAGGCAACAACAUAAAUUAAAAGUACAAGCCAAUCCCUCUUAUAUGGAUGUGAUGCAAGAUGGAUUCAUUUUCCGAUUAAAAGUGGCAAUUCAAAAGGAAAUUGCUUUAGUCAAGAAAAUCAAGGAAGACGAAGUUAUAAAAUAUAGGGACAAUGAAGAAUCCAUUGAAUUGGAGAACAAGUUGUUCCAUUUACCAAGACUGAGUAGUGCCUUGCAUGGGUUGCAUUCUCAACAGCCAUCGUUUGGUCCUGCCUGCUGUUUAGCAAAACGAUGGUUAUCGGCGCAACUACUGGACGAUACUCAUAUACCAAAUAUCGUGGUUGAAUUACUUAUGGCAUCAAUGUAUUUAAUUCCAGAACCAUAUAAAAUAUCUCAAGUGCCGCAAGUAAUAUUUUUACGAUUUCUGGAAUUUGUCGCAAGAGCACCCUGGGACACUGAUCCAAUCAUUGUUAAUUUUAACGACGAAAUGACUAACGAAGAAAUCUCCGCUGUCGAGACUCUAUUUGGUACCGCUCGCAAUUCAUUACCGCCACUAUUUAUAUCAACUCCUUACGAUCAACAGAAAUCCCUAUGGACCAGAACAGCGCCUUCGAAAUUGAUCUUGUACCGUAUAAGCGUACUAGCGAAGGAAUCGUUGAAAAUAUUCGACGAUCUGUUGGUCAAGAAUACCGUACAAGAUUUAAAACGAAUGUUCCGUCCUCCAUUGUCGGAAUACGACUGUGUGAUAUAUCUAAAAUCUGCUAUGAAUCCGCGAAGACUCCAGGCAAUUGAUGUACCUAACAAUAUAGCAAUCGUGGAUCUACAUCCUUACAAGCUACAUUCGUUUCAAAAAAUUCCAAUCGUAGACUUUGAUCCCGUACAAUGUUUUCUGAGGGAUUUAAGGGACGGUUAUGGCGAAUAUGCUUUAUUUUUCCACGACACUUAUGGCGGUGCAGUAAUAGGAGUCUUGUUGAAACCCUCUGCUCUAGAACGUAAACAAUUCAAAGUAUCGGAAGCCGGUUGUAGAAAACUUGACGAUGACGAUAACCUCGUUUUAAAUGUAUCGGCGAUGAUUCAAGACUUUUACGUUCUGGGUAAAGAUAUUAUAAAAGAUAUUCAGAUAUCGAGCGACCAAGCUACCUCGACAACGGCAGAAUAAACUAUGUAUAUUAAUCUAAAAUUAAUCCAAGAUUGA